CUCCAGAAAGCUCAGCAGGUAAACGAGAGACCAAAGGACGCAAAACUGUGGCCAUACUUCCAGGAUGGCUUAAGGCGGAUAGAUUAUGUCCUCACCUAUCAUGUCCAGAAACCCCAGAGCACCCACAAACAGUCAUCCAAGUCCUGCUUGUGCUGCGGAUUCAAACGUGAACAGAAAAACCCACCUACUCAUGAGGACCCCGAACUCGCAGCCCAGGAGCAGAGGCUGGAUUACCAUGAGGACGACCAGCGCCUCCGCAGGGAGGAGUUUGAGGAGAACCUGCGAGAAAUGGGCCUUGAGAUGGAGAAAGAGGAAGGGACAAAACUACCAGGUGUGGGAUUCUUGAAGAUUCAUGCGCCUUGGGACGUUCUUUGUCGAGAAGCUGAGUUUAUGAAGCUCAAAAUGCCAACAAUAAAGAAAUAUGAAGUCAGUCACGGAAGCAGCAUUGCAGAGAAGGUCAACCUGUUUAUCCAGAAAGUCACUGCACCCUUGCAACCUAACGUUGGGGAAAACCAGACGGAAAAUGAGAAACCCCUCUCCUACCCAUUCUCACGAGAAAAGCAGCAUCUCUUUGAUUUAUCAGACAGAAAUUCCUUCUUCGACAGCAAAACCAGGAGCUCAAUAGUGUAUGCGAUUUUAAAACGAACAAAAUGCACAAGGGCCAAGUAUAUCGUGGGAAUCAACAGUCUGCUGGGCAGUGGUGUCUACACAGAGGCCUACCCAUUGCAUGAUGGUGAUAAUGAUGGUGUACAUGCUGAAACCAAUGACAGAAAGAUCUUGUAUGAACAGUGGGCGAGUUACAGCAUAUUCUACAAGUACCAACCCAUCGGACUAGUCAGGAAGUAUUUUGGUGAGAAAGUGGGCCUGUACUUUGCCUGGCUGGGAGUGUAUACUCAGAUGCUAAUCCCAGCAGCAAUCGUGGGAGUCAUUGUGUUCCUGUACGGGUGUGCCACUGUGGACGACAACAUCCCCAGUAUGGAGGUCUGCGAUGAGAGAAACAAUAUCACCAUGUGCCCAAUGUGUGACCGAGCCUGCAGCUACUGGAAACUGGUCACGGCUUGCGGCACGGCUAGGGCCAGCCACCUGUUCGACAAUGCGGCCACCGUCUUCUUCGCCAUCUUUAUGGCACUAUGGGCCACCAUGUUUAUGGAGCACUGGAAGAGAAGGCAAAUGAGGCUCAAUUACAUCUGGGACCUAACCAGCUUUGAAGACGCCGAGGGAAAACAAAAGAGUCACCCGAGAGCAGAGUAUGAGUUCCAUGUCAUGAAGAAGUCCUUGAAGAAAGAGCAAUCCCCAAAGGCAGGAAAUGUGAAGCUGACAUGUAGAGACAGAAUGCCAGCAUACAUGACUAUUAUCGUCAUGAUGAUUUUUUUGAUCUUUGUGACCUUGGCCAUUGUGUUUGGUGUGGUGCUAUACAGGGUCUCCAUUAUGACUGCCCUGCACAUGAGUUCCACUCCCACGUUCCGCACUAAUAUACGGGCCACCGUUAAAACCACUGCUGCUAUCAUCAAUCUCAUUAUCAUCAUCAUAAUGGAUGAGGUCUAUGGAGCAAUUGCACGUUGGCUCACUAUUAUGGAGGUGCCAAAAACUGACAAGAGUUUUGAGGAGAGGCUAAUCUUCAAGACAUUCAUAUUGAAGUUCGCAAAUGCAUUUACCCCUAUUGUGUACCUGGCAUUCUUCAGAGGCAGAAUCAUUGGACGUCCUGGCAAAUAUCUCUACGUUAUGGGGUCUUACCGAAUGGAAGAGUGCGCCCAUGCCGGCUGUUUGAUGGAAUUGUGCAUUCAGCUCUGCAUCACCAUGCUUGGCAAACAGCUCAUCCAGAAUAACCUGUUUGAGAUAGGCGUUCCGAAACUGAAGAAAAUGCUCCGACAACGCAAGAUAGACAAAAAGCAUCAGGAAGAGCUGAACAAAACGCUUCAUCGUCACGAGAAGGACCACUUCCUUGGGCCCUUUGUCGGACUCAACCCAGAGUACAUGGAAAUGAUCAUUCAGUUUGGGAUGGUGACCUUGUUUGUGGCCUCCUUUCCGCUGGCUCCCCUUUUUGCUCUACUGAACAACGUCAUUGAGAUCCGUCUUGAUGCCAAAAAGUUUGUCACGGAGCUGAGAAGGCCGAUUGCUGUAAGAGCAAAGGACAUUGGAAUCUGGUACACUCUUCUCAGAGGAAUCAGUAAAGUGGCCGUCAUUGUUAAUGCGUUUGUGAUCUCAUUCACCUCUGACUUCAUCCCACGCCUGGUCUAUCAGCACAUGUACAGUGCAGACGGGACUCUUCAUGGCUUUGUCAAUCACACCCUUUCAUACUUCAAUGUUAGUCACUUCCAGCCUGGCACAGAGCCCAUGAAGCCAAUGCACCUGGGAUACAAAGUGGAGGUUUGCAGAUAUAAAGAUUACAGGGACCCUCCAUGGUCUGCCACGCCAUAUGAGUUCUCAAGAGAAUUCUGGGCCAUUCUGGCGGCUCGAUUAGCUUUUGUCAUUGUCUUUCAGAAUGUGGUAAUGCUGAUGAGCGACUUUGUGGAUUGGCUGAUCCCAGACAUUCCCAAGGACAUCAGCAUUCAGAUACACAAGGAGAGGAACCUCGUCGUUGAGUUGUUCAUGAAAGAAGAACGGGGCAAGAAAUACAGGAAUACCAUCGGUGACCCAAGCCCCCAGCCGCUCUGCUCGCAUCCCAGCUCACAAGCUUAGCCCAGCGCUCGCUCUGAUCCCAGUGCUGCGAGGGAAGCAGUAACACGGUCCAUUCCAGGGCCUGUUCCUCACUCAGCUCUGUCUCCUGCUCAAACAGAACAGAAAGCCUGUAGAGGACUGGCCUGUCCUGGAGGACCACUGCUGUAAGGAUCAAUAAUGUUGCAAAGAUUGUUAACUGACUGCCGCCUCAUUGGUAUACCAGAAAAAAUAUUUCUUUUUUUCUUUUGUCUGUUACUGAAUUAAGCACUCUCUUGGAUCUUUUUCUAUCAGCUAUAUGCAAUUUCUGGAGGCAGGUGUGUUUGGAAAGAGAGCUGUAGGGUUUGUAUCGUUUUAUCUGUUGACUGAUGAAUAUUGUAUGUAGUUUUGUGAAGCAUCGCUGCUUUAGCAUUAAUAGACAGCUAAUGAGCAUUUUAUUUGGAACUACAAUGCUUUUAUAUGAAUUUUAACAUGAAAAUGUAACAUUUAUGUUUUCGAUAUGGAUAGGAUUGAUCUGAACCAACUCGUUUAAAGUGCUUUUUAAAUGAUUUAAUAUUAGACAUUUAAUUCAGAAUAUUUCUGGUCAAGUGAAUUAGCAGCUAUCAAUAUCAUGCCGUUUCCUUUUUAGGCACUAAGUAGUUCUGUUCUAUCAUGGUAAUGAUUGUGUCUGUUUAGCCUUUAGCUGUCUAUAUAUCAAAUAUAGACAUAAAACACUGCAAAUUAAUCCAAAUAACUACAAUCCUCAAUCUUGGUCUUUUUUUUAGUAUUCUAGAAUUUCUGUUAUAUGCGGUGGAGUGCUUUUUACAGGAUGUAGGUUGAUCUCGGGGAUUUUUGGCAGAAUGCAAGUGCUUGGUUUUUAGGUAGUGCGUCUGAAAAUGCUAUCAAGCUGUGCUGAGAAAGGGUACUCUGUAUAUAAACCCAUGACGUUCAAGAGGCCUUAAUAUUCAUGAAAAUGUCAUAUGGACAGAGAUUUGUGUCUGUUUAUCUGAAUGUUUUCUCUCUCGUCUUGAUUUGUGAUGUUCCAACGAUGAUGGAAACAAUAGGCUAUAUCUUGGUAUGUUGCAUGUGUCUUCCAUUCAUAGAAAUCGUGACAAAUAAAAGAGUGGUUUUAAUUCAAAUUAAUAUAAUAUUAACAUAAAAUAUAUGAUUUCAGUCUUAAGAUAUACUGUUUAGACAUAUGGCAAUGUUUUUUUUUCUUUCCCCCUUUUUUUUUGAUAAACUGUAAUUAUUACACAAAACUGUAUUUCCUCAAUUUUUUUCUUUUUUUAUAUAUAUACAUGCACGCCCCAAAAGGCCUUAGUUCUACUAUAAAUGUAGGCUACAAUGUAAACCCAUUUUUAGACUGUUACGUCAUCCACAUACUGUUUAGCUCUGUGAAAGAAACCUUUAAAUGUCUUGUCAUUGUGGCGUUUCAGUGUCUCAAACUGCUAAUGGGAGGUUAUGACUGUACUUUGGCUUUUGAAUUAUGUUUCUAAAAUAAAUAUGUCAUACAUUUGGUA